AUGCUCAUCCUCGCCACCUUCUCCGCGUUCUUAGCCUUACUGCCUGGAGCGUCUGCUUUAUGGCCUAUCCCCAACGACAUCACGACGGGUACGAGCCCGUUGAGGCUCGCUCGAGACUUUUCCAUCAACCUGAACGGUGUGCGCCACGCACCGAAGGACCUGGUCGACGCAGUCUCGCGCACACAGCACUUCCUGAGGGAGGACAAGCUCCAGCUCCUCGUUCCUGAUCGCGGUGCAUCCCUCAAGAGUUCCAUCAGCAACUCGCCUUUCCUCAAGUCGCUCACAGUCACACUGAACAGCAGAACUGCGAAGACCAGGUCCAUCGCUGAAGAGGCGAUCGCAGAUAUCGGGACUCGCCAGGAGGGUUAUACGCUCACUGUUCCAGCGGACGGCUCGGAAGCGGUCUUAACUGCCAAUUCGACCUUGGGGUUAUUCCGUGGUCUGACGACGUUCAGCCAGCUGUGGUAUGAGUUGGAUGGCCAUGUAUACACAGUACAGGCUCCUGUCUCUAUUCGAGAUGCGCCACAAUAUGUGUAUCGCGGUCUUAUGCUCGACACUUCGCGAAACUAUUUCCCUAUUGCCGACAUCAAACGAACGCUGGAUGCCAUGAGCUGGGUCAAGGUCAACACCCUCCACUGGCACAUCGUUGAUGCUCAAUCCUUCCCUCUCGUUGUUCCUGGGUUCGAGGAAUUGUCACGCAAAGGAGCCUACAACCCGGCAUCCAUCUACACCCCCAAUGACGUCAAGGAUAUCGUCAACUACGCUGCUCAGCGAGGAAUCGAUAUUCUCGUUGAAGUAGACACUCCUGGGCACACGUCGAUCAUCCAUCACGCGCAUCCCGAACACAUCGCUUGUUUCGAGGCCUCCCCCUGGACCCGCUACGCCUACGGCAAGUCUACUGUCAACUUUACAUCCUCCCUUUUGACCUCGGUCGCUAGGUUGUUCCCUUCCAAGUUCUUCAGCACUGGAGGGGAUGAGAUCAAUCAGCCUUGCUAUGAAGAUGAUGCCGCCACCCAGAAGGAAUUGGAGAAGCAAGGAAAGACUCUGGAGCAGGCACUCGAUACCUUCACUCAAGUUACGCACAGGGCUUUACAUGACAUGGGCAAGACAACUGUUGUCUGGCAGGAGAUGGUGCUCGACCAUAAAGUUACCCUCUCAAACGAUACCGUAGCCAUGGUAUGGAUCUCUUCACAGCACGCCAAAGCAGUUGCCCAGCGAGGCCACAGACUCAUCCACGCUGCAUCCGAUUACUUCUACCUCGACUGCGGUGGUGGAGGUUGGAUUGGCAACAAUCCCAACGGAAACAGCUGGUGUGACCCAUUCAAGACCUGGCAGAAGGCCUAUUCUUUCAACCCCAGAGCCAACCUGACUGAAGAGGAAGCGAAGCUGGUUCUUGGAGGCCAACAACUCCUCUGGGCAGAGCAGUCUGGUCCGUCUAACUUGGAUCCUAUCGUGUGGCCCCGAGCUGCUGCAUCCGCAGAGGUAUUCUGGUCUGGCCACGGCCGCGAUGGUCGAACUGCAUUACCGCGCUUGCAUGAUCUUGCAUACCGUUUCGUUCAACGAGGCGUCCGUGCCAUCCCUUUGCAGCCGCAAUGGUGUGCCCUUCGCCCUGGUGCAUGUGAUAUCGAUGCAUGA